CAAAAAAACUCAAAACCCAGAAGAAUCCGAAGGAGCAAAUGGGUAUCAAAGACCUUCUCAGAUUCAUGAAGCCCUUCAUUGAACCCAUCCACAUCAAAAAAUAUGCCGGCAAGCGUGUGGGUAUCGAUGCGUAUUCAUGGCUUCACAAAGGAGCUUAUUCAUGUAGCAUGGAGCUUUGUCUGAAUUCGGAUAGCGAUAGGAAAAUGCGAUACUUGGAAUUCUUUAUGCACCGAAUCAAUCUGCUUCGGCACCAUAAGAUUACGCCCGUAGUCGUUUUCGACGGCGGGAAUAUUCCGAGUAAGUCCUCCACCGAGCAAGAGCGACACAGGCACCGAAAAGAUAAUCUUGGAUUGGCAAUGGCCAAGCUCAAAGAAGGAAAUGUUACUGCUGCCUCUGAGCUCUUCCAGAGAGCAGUGAGUAUCACACCAUCCAUGGCGCAUCAAGUGAUACAGGUUCUUAGAUCAGAGAACAUUGAAUAUGUGGUAUCGCCAUAUGAGGCUGAUGCACAGUUGGCAUAUCUAUGCGGUCUUGAAGCCGAAAAGGGUGGUAUUGCCGCAGUGAUUACAGAAGAUAGUGAUCUAAUAGCAUAUGGUUGCCAAGCUAUUAUCUUUAAGAUGGACAGAUACGGCAAUGGUGAACAGAUGGUGCUAGAUAAGGUUUUUGACUCUGUCGCUCGUACACCUUCUUUCCGACACUUUAAUAUGGAUUUGUUCACAGGUAUGUGUGUUCUAGCCGGCUGUGAUUUCCUUCCAUCUGUUCCAGGAAUUGGAAUUGUAAAAGCUUAUGCCUUGGUUUCCAAGUACCGGAACUUAGACCGUGUUCUAUCAGUUUUGAAGUUUGAGAAGGGCAAUCAAAUGCCUGAAGAUUACUCCAAAUCUUUUACAGAAGCAGUUGCAGUUUUCCAGCAUGCCCAAAUAUAUGAUCUUAACACUAAAAAGCUCAAACAUAUGAAACCUCUUCCAGAAAAGCUUCUACAGUCUCUAAGUGGAGAGCUUGAGUUCCUGGGGCCUGAAAUGCCUCCAUCAAUUGCUACUGCAAUUGCUGAAGGAAAUUUAGAUCCUAUAAGCAUGGAGGCCUUUAAUCAUUUCCCAAGUUCUCGAGGCCAUCCAGAUCCUGUUGUGAUCCAAACUUCUGAUCAACUUCCAAGCCCUAAAGCUGCUGCUGUAUCUACACAAGAGAGCUGCUUUACUGUCUUUUCCUCCCACAGAAACAGAGAAAUUGAUAUUGCAGAGAAGCAGACACCAAUUUCAAAUGAUGGUAAAUUUUUGAAGGAUGCUGCAGCACUAGAGAAGCUAUUUUUGCCAUCAGAAAUUCAUGGAACAGUAGAAAAUACAGUGGUUGAUAACAGCAAUACCCUGAUGGUUCCGGACAACAACCCAUUCAAGAAAAGGAAAUGUGAUGAAAUCCAGCUGGUUCAAGUAGAGAGCAUUGCUGAACAAGUUUUAGUUGCAACUGAUGAAAAUUUGGACAUCUUGUGCUUAACUCCUGAUAACACUCCACUAGAGUCUGCUAGGAAAAGAAGGCUAAGUGAUAUUCGCUCAGAUCAGAUAGCUGAACAAAUUUCAGGGAUAACUGAGGUAGAAGAUUCAGACAUCUUGUGCAUAAAUUUUGAAUCCCAGGGGAGUGUAAAUUCUAAGCCUAAAAAGGUCACUGAUGGAAAAAGAAGAGGAAAAACUGAGAAGUCGAAGAGAAGUAAUAGCAAGAAUUCAGAGAAUAAAAAUAGCAGCAGUAUCUUGAAUUUCUUUCCUCGUGUAUAGUUUUUCAAUUUCUCUUUUAAUUAUUAUUAUUAUUAUUUUUUCCUGAGAUUUUUUUGCAGUUCUUUUGAAAUUCUUUGCUCGAAGCACUGGUUUUUAUAUUUUUGA